CUCUUCAUCAAAAGUGUUCGAUCUCAUCUCAGAUUUCCGUUGCGCAGGCCGGCCCGUCGGGCUUGCACGUUCUUCGUUGGUGAAAUGGUGCAUUUCAACACGAAUUAGCACUGUUUCUGCCCAGGCAUACACUUCAAAGCCGGACAGACGUGUGUCGGAGCACGGAAGCCGAGCCGGAAAGCGACACACUCACAAUCUUCAUGUUGACGACUAGCUACACAUAUUCGAUCUACUCGAACCGGUGCACUGGAACACUAUCGCACCAUACGAACUCUGAUAGGGUCUGUCCGCUUUCGGUGAUCUAUUACAGGCAUGAUGCACAAGCCCAUCUACCCAGGGGUCACGAAGCGGAAGCAAGCAUGUCUAGGAUGUCGGACAAGAAAAAAAAAGUGUGACGGUCAACGCCCGUCCUGUACUCCAUGCAAACGCUGGAACGUAGUCUGUGACUACAAUGAGUUUCCAACGGUCAGGAAUGGAGGACCAACACGACCCGACAUCGCACUAGGCAUGCCAGGUUUCACAGUUUUCACAGACUUCUCUCAUAACUAUCAUCAACACACUGGGAGUACUAGUUCGUCACUUCCCGGGUCGCAAGAUAGCAUGAGUACAGAGAGCUCCACCGUAUCGCAUACAAGUCCAGAAUCCCUGGACUAUUUGAGCAAUUCGCCCGCAGAUAAGGAGCCUAUGAUACCACCACUGAGCCUAGUAUUGGAAUUGUUGGAUAUUUUCGUUAUCAAAUACACAAGAUUUCUCCCUUGCUUUCACCUCGAGUCUCUGAAAGCUGAUGUGAAGAGCGGCGAGCUACAAAGGUUCUCUUCAUCAUUGUUAUUCGCCAUACUUGCUAUUGCGGCACCGCAGCACUCGGAACGAAAGGUUAAAGCCUCUCAAGCUAUCUGGGCUUCUACUGCAAGUUCAUUGUAUGAUUCUACGAGCCAUGAUGCUGUACCGCCGCUACGAGUUCUGCAAGCCGCCGUUUGCAUUGUCUUCCUAUCAAUAUCUAGGACAGACUACUCGAAAGCGUGGCUUACCUUGGGUAAAGCCUGGCGACAAGCUUGUGCAAUGGGGUUUAAUCGCAUUGAUGCUACAUCAACAGGACCGUUGGUCUUAUCGCCAGGACCCCUUAAUUCCCGUGAGCAAGAGGAACGGCGACGAACUAUGUGGACUUUGAUGUUGCUUGAUGGUGAUCAUUCCUAUCCAUCGGGAUGGCCUACCGCGAUUGAUGUAAGACAAGUGGUAGUACACAAGCCUAUAAGCGACGUAGCAUUCAACCUUAUGAGUUCCGAGUCCUCACUACCUCGAGAAAACGGCGACAUGCUUCAACAAGUUUUAAAAGCCUACGAGACUUUAGGCAAGGCAGUUCAGCACGUAUACGUACUGCAACGUCCAGAUGACUUAUAUGAUCACUUUUUGAAAAUGAAACAGUUAGUGCGGCAAUCAGACUUGAUUAAGGAGUCGUUACAGUUGUCACUUAAUGAGCGGCAUCAAUAUUUACAGCUUUGCUACGUUGUUUGGGCAAGCCUCAUAAAUUCCGCUACGAUUAUCCUUUUGAAUCACCUUAGCGAAGAAGAUUGGGAGAUGAUGAGAGACUCAUCAAUACCCGAAAAAGAACGUCUGUCAUCAAACACAUGCUUCUCUAAAUGUGUUGCAGCAGCUACGGAUGCAGCAGAGAUGGUCAACCACAUAUUUGAAACUUCCUCACCUGAUAUCCUCCUCAAUCCACACAUCGCAGCAGCUAUAUACAUCUGUAGUCGCCCUUUGCUGAUCACUUGGCACGAAACGCAGGACUCUAUUUACCGGCGGGGUAUCAGCACGUUCUUACACUUUUGCGAUUGCCUCGCGGCUGAAUUCCCUCCCCUCGGAAAGAAGUUCAAGGCUGGUAUCGAGUUUUGUCUGGGUGAAGAUGAAUUCGGGAUACAGGAAAUGCGCAAGUCCGGCGCCAAAACGAACCUUGCAUUCUGCAGUGUAUGGUUUGAGCGGUCUAAGUUAAACAGCGACUCAUUUGUGCCAGGCAAGAUACAGAUGAGCAAACCCUAAGCAAAAUCGAACUCUGAAAUUUGGAUGUUUGAGAGAUCACAUGGUUACAAGAUCAUGUUUGCAAUAGCGAUACAGCGAUCCUGACGAGCUCCCGGGGAUCACGUAUUGAUUAGCAGAGUCUGUUUUGCUAACCCACAAACCUACUCACUGUCGA